ACCAAAAAAUUUGAAAAUAGAAAACAACAUCAAAGCAACGGCUGGUCGCUCUGCUUCUCUGUAGCGUCUGCCUCUGACUCUGCUCUUUUCAGGGCUUGGUGCGUGCAGUAACCACGUUCCCUGAAGAAUUGCUGGGCAUCGUUUGUCCACGACUAGGUAGGCAUUCUUGCCUUCUCUCUUUGGGAUUUUAUCUCGCGUCCUUCCAAACGCUGAGUCAGUAUGUCGUCCACACCGGGUGGAAUGACGCUCCAGUCUCCGCUCUCCUCACCUGGCAAGCUCACUCGCCAGCAGGAGAAGGAGCAGCUGUCCGAGCUCAAUGGUCGCUUGGCGGUCUUCAUGGAUCGCGUGAAAACCCUGCGCCAGUCCAACGACCUGUUGCGCAAGGAGCUGGACGAUGCCAAGGCGGCAGCGGCGCGAGAGCUCGCAGACGCACGGCGCAUGUACGAGCAAGAAGUAGCCGACCUGAGGAAAGUGCUGGACGACACAGCGCGGGAGAAGGCAAAAAACCAGAUUACUGCAUCUAAGAAUGAGGCACUUGCCAACGACCUAAAAGCAAAAUUAAGAACGGAGAGCGAUGCCCUGGCGGAAGCACAGCGUGCUCUGCGCACUGCCCAGCAGGACCUGUCCAAGAGGGAUAGUGAUCUGAAGGCAGCUCUGGCCGACUCGGCGGCGGCAAAGCGAGCGAAGAAGGACAUGGACAAGGAGCUGGCCAUGGCCAAGGAGGAUGCGGACGCGGCGCGCACGCAGCUGGAAGGGGAGACGGUGGCGCGUGUGGAUGCCGAGAACAAUCUCCAGUCGGUUCGCGAAGACAUGGACUUCAAACAGCAGCUAUUCGACAAGGAACGAACUGAUCUGUAUGCCAAGCUAUCUGCUAAGGAACGUGACCUUGACAAUACCAUUGCUGAGUUCCAGGCAAGGUUGGAUGAGCAGCACACGAAGGAAUUGGACGACCUGCGCGAGCAGUUUGACCACGAUUUGACCGCCCAGCGAGAGGAGAUUGAACGAGCGGCCGAGGAUAAGUAUCGGGCAUUGGCAGACAGAGGCGAUCGUGACAGGGCCCUUAUCAAAUCACUCAUGGACGAAAAUAGGAAAUGCCGCGACGACGCUCAGAAGAUGGACAACGCAAACACGAUUCUUGAUGCAAAGAAUGGCGAGCUGCAGAAGCGACUUGAUAACUCCGAGAGGGAUCGCAACGGCGAGCGUGCACGCCACGAUCAGCGCCGCCGUGAGCUGGAAGACGAGAUUAGUGCUCUGCGCGCCGAGAACGAGGGCUAUCGCAAGGCCUACGAGGACCUGAUGGAUGUGCAGACGAGAGUGGACAACGAAAUCCAGACCUACUCGGCACUCAUGGACAUGGAAAUGCCAAAGGGCCAGCGCCGGGGCAAGCGUCGCCGCCCAGCUGAUGAGCAGGAGGAAUCCGUUAGUAUUGUCAUCAGCGAGGUCGGCGUGAACGGGGACUUUGUUCGCAUCAGCAACACAACAAGCAAGGACACUUCUCUUGGGAACUGGAAGCUUGUUCGAGGUCCCGUCACGUACAAGUUUGGCGCACGCUUCACACUCAAGGGACAUAAUUCUGUGACGGUGUGGUCUUCGGGAAGUGGUAGAACUCACCGACCACCGAAGGACGUUGUUGCCAAGACGUUCAAGUCCUGGCCGACCAAUGCAGAAAUGAUCUGCACUCUAUUGAGUGGGGACGGACAGAUUCAACAUGUUUUGGACGGCGUCACUCCGUCGAAAGGUGCACCUGACUCGGCCACACAAGUGUCGACACCUCCGGUGAGGGAUGAUGACUACGAUGUAAUAGAUGGAAGCCAGACGAAAGACCCGAGCAACGAAGACCUUUUCCACCAGCAGGGUGACCCGAAGAAGGGAGGUGAAAAGACGGAAUGUGUUAUUUGCUAGGAGCUGCUCGCCCCCGGUUGAGCGCUAGACCCUCAGUUUGGAGUGUUCCAUGUUUGUUGCGUGGCUGGCAAACCUUUGGCGUGGUGCUGCCAUUCUGAUUUUUGAUAGAGCCAGCAUUGUAGGCCGUAUUCAUACUUUUCCAACUGUAUUGAUAUAUGAUUCGACAAGGCUAUGGCUGCUUCGGAACCUAUGCCUUUCAUUGACCGAUAUCCCCCGCUGUGCCUGUGCCGGCCUUGCAGCCUCUCAGCAGAAUGGCAGAAUCUUUAAAAGCAGGCUUCCACAGCUAUCGCCUGUGUUUAUCUUCUAGUGUUUGGUUUUCGGUAUUGACAGGCUGUUGUGUUGCCUUCUGCCUGGUUAUUGUGGAAGGCACCGCAGCAUUCACUAGUAUGCUCUCUGUGGUAACGUUGCUGCCUGCCGGAACUGGCGGAUGCCGUGGUGGUGUUGCCGUGUCCGUGUGGCUAUCCGUGCAAGCACAAUGGAUAUCGUUUGUUCGCUCUAGCGGGCCUGUCUGAUUUCUUUACCCUGCACUGUUAAUGUUUGUAUGAUUGUUAGGCAGCUCUGUUUCAAACUGAGGUGAUAUUUUGUUGUAGCUGUUCUAUUUCAUUCAAUAGAAGCGAUUUGCAAGGAUUACUGCUGUGGCCAUAUGUACCAUUACAAUGCUUCACAUUACUGCAUACUACAUGUACUUGUAGUAUAGCGAAACACA